GACACGUGUAUAGAUACAAAUAGAAACAGGUAAUAACCAGUGAUUUUUCUUGUAUCUAUGGGAAAAUUGAAAAGUUAUUGUUUCUAUGAUGAUGAUACAUUUUAUUGUUGCUAACGAUUUUCCCUAUUCAAAUUAAAACAAUAUCGAAUAUUGCACUAUCGUUUUAAUAUACAAUCCAUAAAAGAUAUACUUUAAUGGAUAGACUAUAAAUAGAAAAAAACAGUAAUGAAUAUGACAAACAGGUUUAUCAAUGAAGAAAAAUAUUUUUUUUUCAUUUUAUGUCUUUCACAUUUCAUAUCACUACUACUUCUGCUACUAUGACAGUUAACGCACUACCUAUUUAAAUAAAAGAGGAUGCUACUAUGAGCUAUUGAAUUUUAUGUGCAACGGUAUUCCUAAUGCUCCCGGUUUUGUUAUGCCGUUUGAUGAUAAAACAUGCUACCAUUAGAGAAUAAUAAUAAUUCACAUAACACACUAAUGAAUGAUCAACGUUCAGUUACUGAUAAAUUAGCCUACAACUGUCCACAUAUCAUUCAAAUGAAAGAGCCUUCUAAAGUAGUAAAAAAACUCAGUAUCUUAGAGAUCAUAUGUGAUACAUUCUCUAUAAGAGGUGUUGCACGAAUGAGACGUGGACCACCAUUUCUACGAGGUUUAUGGUUUUGUUUUGUAUUAAUUAUGACUGUUGGUUUAUUAUUGACAACUUAUCUUUUAGUACAAGAUUAUUUAGUUUAUGAUGUUUCAGUAAAUAUACACGUUGAAUUAGAUGCUAAAUCACCAUUUCCAGCAUUAACCAUCUGUCAUCAUCAUCCAUUUUCACAGAAUGCUUAUCAUUUAUGGCGUAAUGGUGAUGUCAUGUCACCAAGUAUAUUUAACAAGCAUAUGCGUAAUUUAACACAUAAAUUUUUAAUGGAUAAUGAUGUCGAUGCAGCGGAAACUCUUUAUCAGUAUGAUAGUUUAUCAAUCUAUUAUCAAAAUUUAAAAGCAAUUGAUGCUUAUCGUUUAGGACAUGAUACAACUGCUUUCUUGAAUUGUAUGCGACGGGUUAAUCAUACUAUGCAAAUUGAAGAUAAUUGUAUGCAUAUGGACGGAUUUCAAAUACGUAAAUUUAGUCAUCAUACAUAUUUUAAUUGUCAUACAUUUGAACCAAAAACAAAAGUUGAAGCAGAAGAUACAGAUACAAUUGCAUUGAUUGUUAGUUUAGGUACAGAUCCAAAUUAUAGUAAUCAAGAACAAGCAUUUCUUGUGGAUUUAUUUGAAAUGGCAAGGGGAUUACGUGUUGUUGUACAUGAACCUGGAACAUAUCCAGAUUUAGAACGAGAAGGAUUGCAUGUUGAACCAGGGAAGCUAAAUGAAAUCAAUUAUCAGCCAGUUUUAUGGAAAAGACUUAAUACACCACAAAAUCCAUGUCGUGCCGAGUUUAUUGAUAGUAAUCCAGAAUUGGCUAGCAUCACUGAUCACAAAUUACCUCGAUUAACUGGAUUAGAUUUUGCAUACGCUUAUAAUGAUUUAAACGUUUCCUAUAGAUAUACUCAGUCCCAGUGUAUAUUGUUUCAUCAACAAAAAGAUAUUAUUAAAGAAUGUGGAUGUCAGUAUAUAUACAAUCCAAGACCACAAUACCCUUCAAGUAAUCUUCCAUAUUGUGGUUCAAUACUAGAAGGUGAUUUUGAUAUAUUGGCACUAGCUAAACGUAUCCAGUGUCUUACAAGUGGUCCUUUAAAUGUAACAGUCAAAAGUCAGUACGAAUCUACUCUGUGUCAUCCAAGAUGUCGAUAUUAUACAUAUGAAAGUACUAUAUCAGUUACGACAUGGAGAGCUGUUGACUGGCAAUUGCAUUGGCUUAGACAAUUGAAUAGAGCAUUUAAAUCAAUGCAAUAUGAUGUGAAAAUUAAUGGAGAAGAUUGGAAUAUCACUCAAAGUAAUGGUUUUCAUCGAUGGAAGGAGUAUUAUGAAAAAGACAAUCUAACAAAUAUUUCUGUGAAUGCAAUCAAUGAUCUCAAUCUUCAAGGUGAUAAUUUUGCUUAUGUUGUACUUAAACGUCGUGCUAGUGAUGUACGUGUUAGUCAAGAGAAAUUAGUAUUAAGCAUUAGUGUUCUACUUAGUCGUAUUGGUGGUUUAUGUUCAUUAAGUAUCGGAUUAACUGCAGCAUUCAUUGUUGAACUUAUUGAAUUUACUUAUCGUUUAGCAACCACUGAAAGAUCAAAUAUUAGACGUAACAAAAGUAUAGAGAAUAAAAGUCAUAGCAACAGUGUUUCAAGUGGAGAAUAUAAAAACAAACUGAAGCGAAGUGCAACUUGUAUCUAAUCAACUUGGAAGAGAGAAAACAACAUUCUAAUUUAUCUCUAUUUUACUUCAUUUGAUCAGUAUUGAUUUGAAUAUAAUGACAAAGGGUGUGUAGACAUACAUUCUAUAGAUAACCGAUAGUUCCUUGUUAUUCAGAUGGUGAUCUAUCCAUAUUGAAUGAAACAUUUUCUGUUUUACAUUUCUUCUUUUUAUUAUUCCAUGUAAUUUAUUUGUAAGUAAAUUUUGUCACGAUUAUUUUUAUGUAAACAUUAUUGAAGUGGAUUACUACUUUAAUGUAACCAUAACAACAGGAUCAUAUAUAAUGUUACAUGUUUUGAAG